AUGAGCCAUUCAACAACGUCGACAUCUGCCUACAUCAUACAAAAAUACUCAAAGGCGUAUACCAAAAACAAAGGCCAAAAACAGCAGCAAGCGCCCGAAUGGCAGCAUUUUACCAACCCUGCGCUGAAGGUCGUCCUGGACAAGACGAAGACGCGACAAGGCGAAGUUGAAUCUCUCAGGCUACGAAUUAUCUGGACUAUGAACGACGACGAUGGUGAAGGGAUCUCUUCACAGUCUCCGGAGGACCUUGAUCUCUUCUCGUUCUCCAACUUCGACAACGCCCUACCUCAGACGAAACAUACAGAAGGGCUACCACUGAAGGCCGUGUACCGAGACACGGUAGUAUGCAUUCGGUAUUUGCACCAUCAAACUCAGACAUACAGGCGCUUCCAAAUCUCGUUCGGAUCGUUGGCUGACACGACCAGUUUUAUAACGUCGAUCCAGUUCGUCUGUCCUUGUAAACCCCUCCCAGCCAACCCUCCCAAUGGGAUCCUGAACACCGCUGGAACCAUGGUUAAUCCCCUUCCUUCCCAACCAUCCGCAUCGCGGAUUCAGAGGACCGGUACUGCUAUUCCCCAGCCUCGCGCGAAUGCAGAGAAACAGGGCCAAGCGAUCACACAACGGAGGACGUCUACGAUGCAGCCAAACGAAUCCAUUCCUCCCCCUCCUCUUAUCUUACCCGUUACUUCUGAGACAGAUUGCAAUUACGACGGCCAUAUCACCCACCAGGCUUCCAUGGGACCACCCUCCUUCAUACCGACAAAGCCCGGGAUGACUACCGAACGAACUGUGUCGGGCUACCAAGCUUCCUCGCACCAAGGGCCGGGAACAGCUCGAUUACCCUCGUCCUCCCCCUUGCCUCCUUCCUCGGAACGUGACCAGCCCAACCCAAGCCCAACCCCUUCCAGUGACGAGGAUCCUAUCUUGUCUGCACUUCGAGAACCCACAGCCCUGUACAAUCUUUCACCUCAAAGCCUCGAACAUGCAGUUGCAGAGAUCGUCCGUGAAGACGGAUUCGUGAAAUUGAUGGAGAAUCUAUCUUCAAUGUGGAGGGUCCAUGCAUUGACAGGAUCCCACCUUUCGGUUGAUCGCACAUGA